AUGGCGGCAAACGUCUUCGGCAACCCCAUCACCGAUGAGACUCUGAAAGCAAUGCCUGAAUACAACAACAAACCAAUAACCCGCUGCGAUCGUGCACACGAGGCUCUCAAUAUGAUACACGCGGAGAGCAAGGACGUGAACGCCCUCCGAUAUGUGGAGAAUCUGAAGGAGCAGUACGGCGACGGAGUCUCGACGCUCUGCGUGGUCUACAAUGCUACUGGCGAUCCUAUCACUUUCCAAGAUAGCCAUGAUUGGCACGGCCACCUCUGGAAAGCGCCAUACCCGCAAUCUCUUUUGAACGGUCAGUGGGGUGCUUUCCUGCACGUCCAUCCCUCUGGGGCGAUGGCAGGAUCGUCGGCCGCUGUCAUCUAUCGCGGUAAGAAUGAUGCAGGGAAGGACCAUGAUUUCAUGUUCUCAUGGAUGAACCCUUGGUGGUCGGGCAGUUGCACGGCCUACACUCUGGUCCGCCCAGCUGGUUACUUCGACAGAGAAAUCUCAUGGGACACACUGCAAAACAAUACCGAUAACGGUAAGCUCCAGUGGACUAAUGAAAACGAAGGCUGCAAGUCUUAUGUAUCAAUUGGUAACAACACUACAGCUAUUUACGAGGCCAAACUCACUCUUAAAUGUGCUGAGGAUUCCAAGUAG